GAUAUGAACAUGAUUUCUGAUGAAAGUGGAUUGGAAUACUUUUCAUGAUAUUUGUAUAUUUAUAUAUGUAUAUAUAUAUAUUUUAAAAUUUUACAUUUGACUUAAAGUGCCAUGAGAAAAUUUGCAUAUUGCAAGGUGGUUCUAGCCACCUCCUUGAUUUGGGUACUCUUGGAUAUGUUCCUGCUGCUUUACUUCAGUGAAUGCAACAAAUGUGAUGAGAAAAAGGAGAGAGGACUUCCUGCUGGGGAUGUUCUAGAGCCAAUGCAAAAGCCUCAUGAGGGUCCUGGAGAAAUGGGGAAACCAGUGGUCAUUCCUAAAGAGGAUCAAGAAAAGAUGAAAGAGAUGUUUAAAAUCAAUCAAUUCAAUUUGAUGGCAAGUGAGAUGAUUGCACUCAAUAGAUCUUUGCCAGAUGUGAGGUUAGAAGGGUGUAAAACAAAGGUGUAUCCAGAUAAUCUUCCUACAACAAGUGUGGUGAUCGUUUUCCACAAUGAGGCGUGGAGCACACUUCUGCGAACUGUCCAUAGUGUCAUUAAUCGUUCACCAAGACACAUGAUAGAAGAAAUUGUUCUUGUAGAUGAUGCCAGUGAAAGAGACUUCUUAAAAAGACCUCUAGAGAGUUAUGUGAAGAAACUCAAAGUACCAGUUCAUGUCAUUCGAAUGGAACAGCGUUCUGGAUUAAUCAGAGCUAGACUAAAAGGAGCUGCUGUGUCCAAAGGCCAAGUGAUCACCUUCUUAGAUGCUCACUGUGAGUGCACAGCAGGGUGGCUGGAGCCUCUCUUAGCCAGGAUCAAGCAUGACAGGAGAACAGUGGUAUGUCCCAUCAUUGAUGUGAUCAGUGACGACACUUUUGAGUAUAUGGCGGGCUCUGAUAUGACCUAUGGUGGAUUCAACUGGAAGCUCAAUUUCCGUUGGUACCCUGUUCCCCAAAGAGAAAUGGACAGAAGGAAAGGUGACCGGACUCUUCCUGUCAGAACACCUACAAUGGCAGGAGGCCUGUUUUCAAUAGACAGAGAUUACUUUCAAGAAAUAGGAACGUAUGAUGCUGGAAUGGAUAUUUGGGGUGGAGAAAACCUAGAAAUUUCCUUCAGGAUUUGGCAGUGUGGAGGCACUUUGGAAAUUGUGACAUGCUCGCAUGUUGGCCAUGUGUUUCGGAAAGCUACACCUUACACGUUUCCAGGAGGAACUGGACAGAUUAUCAAUAAGAAUAAUAGAAGACUUGCAGAAGUAUGGAUGGAUGAAUUCAAGAAUUUCUUCUAUAUAAUUUCUCCAGGUGUUACAAAAGUAGAUUAUGGAGAUAUAUCAUCGAGAGUUGGCCUGAGACACAAGCUACAAUGCAAACCUUUCUCUUGGUACCUAGAGAAUAUUUACCCUGAUUCUCAAAUUCCACGUCACUAUUUCUCACUGGGAGAGAUACGAAAUGUGGAAACAAAUCAGUGUCUAGAUAACAUGGCUAGAAAAGAGAAUGAGAAAGUUGGAAUUUUUAAUUGUCAUGGUAUGGGAGGUAAUCAGGUUUUUUCUUACACUGCCAACAAAGAAAUCAGAACAGAUGACCUUUGUUUGGACGUUUCCAAACUUAAUGGCCCAGUUACCAUGCUCAAAUGCCACCACCUAAAGGGCAACCAGCUUUGGGAGUACGACCCAGUGAAAUUAACCCUGCAGCAUGUGAACAGUAACCAGUGCCUGGACAAAGCCACGGAAGAGGACAGCCAAGUGCCCAGCAUUAGAGACUGCAGUGGAAGUCGGUCCCAGCAGUGGCUUCUUCGAAAUGUCACCCUUCCAGAAAUAUUCUGAGACCAAAUUUCACAAUAAAAGAAACAAAAAUAAAGAUUGACUGGGCUACCUCAGCAUACAUUUCUGCCACAUUCUUCAGUAGCAAAAAAGAAGUGCUUUCUCCUCUGCAGGACGUCAGGUUUAUCAGCCAUUAAAACUCAGUCGCCUCUAGCUUUUACUCUGAAUCAGAUGUGACUGCUGAGGUGUGGACUAUGUGCACUGAUGUUUACAAGACUGGAAGAGUCUUCGUUGGGAAGAUGGCAGAGCACUCUCAGAUCCUGAGCAAUCACAACGUGCUUUCUGGAAGCUGUACCUUUUAUGACUUGCUCGCACAUCAGUAAUUUCUGCUGAAAGUGCUGUCAUGAUGAAGAGAUUUCCUGGUUAGAACUGGUAGCCAGUCUAUUAAAUAUUGAUAUAGAAGUAAAUGGAAAAGAACUGGAACCAGUUCAGAAUCAUGAAAACAACAUUUUUACAAUUUAAAAAAUUAUAUUAAACAGGGUUUAAAGGAAAUUAAAACAGACCUAUGAAAAAGUACAAUUUGUUAUAGUAUGAAAUUUCUAUCUAGAUUUUUAUACCUCAGUGGAGAAAAAUAAUUGAUUCCAAUGACAUUCAUUUUGUUUUCAUCUGUGAUAGUCAUGGAUGCUUUUCAUUCCUUGGGGUGCUGAAAAUGAGCUGUGGGGGGAAACAACAUAGUUUUAAUUUCUUUUUAUAAAAUUUUUUAUUUGGUUUGUGGGCUAUUGGAAUUGUAAUUUUUAAUUGCCUUCUAUAAAAAUCAGAUUUAACAUGUCUGGUCUCAACCAAGUAAAUUAAAUAUCUCAGUUACUGUUGGGUCAACUGACACACAGAUCUCAUGCGUUGCGUGCACAUACACACAUGCACACACACACCAUCACCACCACCAUCACCACCACAAUUUCUUACUAUAUUUCCAUUUCUUGAUUCAGCUGAUUAUGCGUAAUAUCCAAGGUUCAUACUACUGUACUACAGAUUUGUUUUCACAGCAAUAAAUGUUCAGUUCUUUAUGAUUCCACUUCAAGAUGAAAGGUUGCAGAGUGCUUAUUAGUUGGGUAUUUGGAGAUAAUUAUUUGAUGGUUUCUUAGCAAACCUUUACUUCACACAUGUACUUCAUUGUCAAGUGCAUAAUUAGAUUAGAUUCUUGAAUUGUAGUGUUGAUUUGCUGCUUUUAAAAAAAUAAAAAUUUGACUGAAAAUAUUUAAUUGGCAUUUCUUAAUGAGUUAGCCAAAGAAGUGCAGCUCUGAUUCCGUGUUACCAGUCCUGCAUUUCUUUCCUAAAUUGCAUUUAACUAAAUUGACUUUUUUUCUCUGAAUUUUUUUUUUUUGGGGGUUGUUGUUUUGUUUUGUUUUUUGUUUUUUUGAGGUAGGAUCUCACUCUGGCCCAGGCUGACCUGGAAUUCACUAUGUAGUCUCAGGGUGGCCUCGAACUCAUGGCAGUACUCCUACCUCUGCCUCCCAAAUGCUGGGAUUAAAGGUGUGUGCCACUAUACCUGACUUUUUCUCUGAUUUUUGAUUACAGAAAAUCACCUGAGUAUGAAUGAAAAGCUGAUAUUAAUUAAAGUUUCCUUCUUAAUCUCAUUCAAAAUUUCAUUGUGAUACUUUUUUCCAUACCUAAACCAAUCUUGGCAAAAAUGCACAUAUUUUCCUCCCUAUUGGUCAGAUUGUAUUUAAUAGCUUUUUUUUUUUUUCUUUGAUUAUCAGAGACUUUCACUGCAGGGAAGUCUUGUGACUAAGACUGUUCCUGAAAAUCACAUAACCAGUGAUCCUUGCCAAGUUGAGUAUAUGCAGUUUCUCAAGCCCUAUUCCAGCCAGUCAGGGGAAGCACAUGUGGAUACCCAAGAGUGAGGCAACAAUCUAAGUGCAGACACUGUCCCAGGAGACUGACAUGGUCCAGGUGCUUGAGGGGGUUUUCCUCCUUGAGCUAUGUUAGUAAUUCUCAGUAGGCUUAAUGCUUGAACAAAUAAAAUGUCUAACAAUAAAUUAUUUUCAUGCACAGAAUUUCAGAUUUUUGUAUUCCAGCAUAGCUUGGUCUUGUUCCUUACUGUAAGAAAGUUUUAAUGGCAUUGUGAUUUAAGGUUUGCUUGUUUUUAUUGGGGAAUGUGAUGACUUAAACUUUUAGAACCUGA